AUGGCGACUUCCCUCAUUGCGAAAAGAGCCACCACUUCCAUAGGAAGAGCUUCUGACCUCUUCAGAACAUCAUUCGCCUUCCUGCGCGGUCUUAGCACCACCACCACCACCACCACCUCCCCCGCCGACGUGGCGGCGGCCGACGGAGCAAAGAAGCCGAAGCGGAAGAAGAAGAAGAAUCUCUUCGAGGUGGCCCAGUUUCUUCCCAACUGGGGCCUUGGCUAUCACAUGGCCAAAACUCACUGGGCCGAGGUCUCCUACGAGAUCACCAAAAUCAAUCUCUACAAAGAUGGAAGACAUGGGAAAGCUUGGGGGAUUGCUCACAAAAAUGGCUUGCCGGCUGCAGAUGCCCCGAAGAAAAUCAGCGGUGUCCACAAGCGCUGUUGGAGAUACAUCCCCAUGACAAAACAAAUAGAACAAAGUGUGCCAAAACAGGAAGCAAGCAUCCCAAAACAAGAAGUGGAAGCUGCGUGA